AUGAAGCUACAGGGGCGUCUGGCCUGCCUCCUGCUGCUCCUGUGCCUGGGCAGUGGGGAGGCUGGCCUACUGCUGAGUGGAGGGGAGAGCUCUGGAGCAGGGGCCAUGGAGGCCACUGGACACGGGGUGGGAGAGGCCAUUGGACAAGAAGCGGGAGAGGCCAUCAAGCACGGAGUUGGGGAGGCCGCUGAUGGAGGGGCUGGAGAGGCAGCGGGUUCUGGAGUCAAGGAGGCCAUGGGCCCCGGCGUGGGGGACACUCUCGCCCGUGGAGCUGAGGAAGCGGCCCUUGCUCUUGGAAACACUGGGAGUGAGGCUGGCAGACAGGCUGAGAAUGUCAUUCAGCAUGGAGUGGAUGCUGCCCACAGCUCCUGGCAGGGGAUGCCUGGUGUCAACGGUGCUUUGGCAGCUGUGGACCAACCUCCUUACGGCUCAAGGAGAGGCAGCGACAACCCAAAUGCAGAGGGAAGCAGCAGCAAUGGCAGGAACAGCGGUGGCAGCAUCAGUGGUGGCAGCAGCGGCAGCAGCAGUGGUGGCAGCAGCGGUGGCAGUUCUGGGCCCCACUGGGUAAGUUCUCCUUUGUUGAAGGCAGAGGUGGGGCCCCUGGUGGUCCCUGCUGAGGAAACCCACUCCGAGGUCUUCCUGAAAGCUGCCAGCCCCAGGGUUCCAGGAGAGGGUGACGGCUCCUCCUCGGGUAGCAGGGGUGGAAGUGGUGGGAACAAACCCGAGAACUCUCAGAUGUCUCCUGGGCUCUUCAGCUUUGAUACUUUCUGGAAGAAUUUAAAAUCCAAGCUGGGUUUCAUGAACUGGGACGCCAUCAACAAGAACCAAGUCCCAAACCUCAGCACUCGCAUCCUCCUGUACUUCCGUCAACUCUGGGAGAACUACGAUUAUAACCAGCAGACAUACCCUACUGCCAAUGGGGGGCAGGACUCAGCCAAGAUCCCCACUAAGGGGGGAGUCACGAUUUCUUCCUCGGCUUCCCGGGCGCGACCUGACCUGCUGCAGUGGGUGAAGUUUUGGUAG